AGGUGCUGAUCUGCUGUUUUCCCACUGCCAUGCUGGCUGAGGCAGAGAGAAUUUUAUGGAUUCCAUCAUUUUCACGAGUGACACAGUACUUUCUGACGUUCAUUUGUUCACACCAAACUGUAGACACCUGAUGGUGAGACUGAAUGCGGUAGGACAACCAGUUUUCCUGUCAAAGUUCAAAUUUAUACUGGAUGUAAAUGGAUGUGACAAGGAUGGUUCGGAACACUUGAAAGAAGAAAAACACGUACUUGCUGAAAUAGAAGAUGCUUUUACCUGCCAGACCGGUUGCAGCACUGAAGUGGUUCACGAGAGGAAAGAUGAAGGAGAGGAAAAAGAAACUCCACAAAUUGAACGUUUGCUCGACGAGGAUGGAGAUCUAGACCUUGCUAGAAGACCGCCACCUACGCACAUUCUCAGCUCUCGCGGACAAAAUACACGCAGAGAUAAAGUGCAUCCCACAAUCCUGAGUAAAGGAGAGGAGGAUGUCUACGAAGAGAAUGAGGAGUGCAGUAGUAGCUGCAAUGAGAUCAAAAUAGAACACACUAUGGCCACUUCACUAGAGGAUGCUGGAAAGCAGGUAUGGCGUGGAGCUUUUCUUCUUGCUGAUUACGUUUUGCAUAACAGUUACUUAUUCAGAAACUGCACAGUGCUGGAGUUGGGAGCAGGCACAGGAAUGACGAGUAUUGUCAUGGCAACCGUUGCUAAGUCUGUUUAUUGUACAGAUGUAGGAGAUGAUCUGCUGAACAUGUGUGAACAGAAUAUCAAUGCAAACAAGCAUAUUUAUGGGCCGACAGGAAGUCAUAUUAAAGUGCGAGAACUAGACUGGUUGAGAGAUGAAUUGUGCACAGACACUCAAUGUCCAUAUUCUUGGUCUGAAGAAGAAAUAUCUGAGCUCUAUGAUCGUACAGAUUUUCUGAUGGCUGCUGAUGUUUUCUAUGAUGAUGACUUGACAGAUGCACUUUUUCGGACACUCUAUAGGAUUGUUAGCAACUUGAGAAAUCCAAGUACCAUGUAUUUCUCUGUAGAGAAACGACUAAACUUCACCCUGAGAAGGAUGGACAUAACUUGUGAAGCUUACGAUCACUUUCGAUUGUGCAUGGCUGAUUUGGAAAACAUCUGCGAUGGCAAAACUAAAUUCACUGUGGAACCUGUCAAACUAACAUUUCCACAGUUCCUUCUUUAUGAACGCGUGGAACAAUUGGAACUUUGGAAAGUCACUGUCGAGCCCGUUUUUAGCACCAAGCAAAACUAAAAUUGGGAAUUCGAUGAACCUGUGCAGUGGUGAUAUAUAUUGCUGCUUAAUUUAAUACUUAAAAGUACAUGAAAUAUUAAAUAAGCUGUAACUACUGUCUGUGUUACAUGUCUUAAUUCUAUAUUGGUAAUUCUAUCCCCAGGUAAAAAUAUUGUAUUUUAAUUUUCUCCCCCAAAAAGUAAUCCAACUGGUACUGCGAAAUAUACCACUCAAGUGAGAAAUUUAUAUUUCGUCAAAAUUAAUUUUGGAAGUGGCAAACUUUAACAUAACCAACGUGCUCCAAAAGACCAGAGACAAGAGUUACAACUUCAUGCUGAGCAUUUUAUUUAUUGUAAUCGAGAGUUUAUUUUAAUAGAAUUGAAGUGCGCAAAUAUAUUUUGUGAAUGCAGUGCCGUUCUACUUUGCCAAUAAAGAUGUUUUUAUAUGGCAA